AUCUACGGUAUGUCGAAGAGCUCUUUCUGUGACUAAAAAUAUUACAAAAAAGGCAGCUUGAACCUGAUUUAAGAGAUAGGUUUUUCGCACACCUUUGGGGUCAUGGGGCAAGGAUCUACCGGAAACACCAUCUCUCCCCGUCAGGUCAUGGCCCUGGCUUUAUUUUGCCCCGCCCUAGUAGGGACUAGUUGGCGUGCGUCACCGGGCGUGGUGACGUCAGGGCGGAAGCGCACGCUGCGUGAAGCGUCUUAGAACACGGCGGUCACCGGAAUAUCCGUCGCGCCGAGGACGCUGGUUAGUCUGGUUCUGGGUUCCGGCUGCGUUGGGCGUGCGUGUGGCUCGCUGAGACUAUGGCGUCCGGGCCUCACCCGACCGCGGCCGCUACAGCCGCUGCUGCCGCCGCCUCGUCGGCUGCUCCGAGCGCGGGCGGCUCCAGCUGCGGGACGACUACCACGACGACAACCACGACGGGAGGGAUCCUGAUCGGCGACCGCCUGUACUCGGAAGUUUCGCUUACUAUAGAUCACUCGCUUAUCCCGGAGGAGCGGCUCUCGCCCACCCCAUCCAUGCAGGAUGGGCUUGACCUGCCCAGCGAGACGGACUUGCGCAUCCUGGGCUGUGAGCUCAUCCAGGCCGCCGGCAUCCUCCUUCGGCUGCCGCAGGUGGCGAUGGCUACGGGGCAGGUGUUGUUUCAUCGUUUUUUCUACUCCAAAUCCUUCGUCAAACACAGUUUUGAGAUUGUUGCCAUGGCGUGUAUUAAUCUUGCAUCAAAAAUUGAAGAAGCACCAAGAAGAAUAAGAGAUGUGAUUAAUGUAUUUCACCAUCUACGCCAGUUAAGAGGAAAAAGGACUCCAAGCCCUCUGAUCCUUGAUCAGAACUACAUAAACACCAAAAAUCAAGUUAUCAAGGCAGAGAGGAGGGUGCUAAAGGAGUUGGGAUUUUGUGUUCAUGUCAAGCAUCCCCAUAAGAUCAUUGUUAUGUAUUUACAAGUCUUAGAAUGUGAACGUAAUCAAACCCUGGUUCAAACUGCCUGGAAUUAUAUGAAUGACAGCCUUCGAACCAAUGUUUUUGUUCGAUUUCAACCAGAGACUAUAGCAUGUGCUUGCAUCUACCUUGCAGCUAGAGCUCUUCAGAUUCCACUGCCAACUCGUCCCCACUGGUUUCUUCUUUUUGGUACUACAGAAGAGGAGAUCCAGGAAAUCUGCAUAGAGACGCUUCGGCUUUAUACCAGAAAAAAGCCAAAUUAUGAAAUGCUAGAAAAAGAAGUAGAAAAAAGAAAAGUAGCCUUACAAGAAGCCAAAUUAAAAGCAAAGGGAUUGAAUCCUGAUGGAACUCCAGCCCUUUCAACUCUUGGUGGAUUUUCUCCAGCUUCAAAGCCAUCAUCACCAAGAGAAGUAAAAGCUGAGGAAAAGUCACCAGUCUCCAUUACUGUGAAGACAGUCAAAAAAGAACCUGAGGAUAGACAACAGGCUUCCAAAAGUCCCUACAAUGGUGUAAGAAAAGACAGCAAGAGAAGUAGAAAUAGUAGAAGUGCAAGUCGAUCCAGGUCAAGAACACGAUCACGUUCUAGAUCACAUACGCCAAGAAGACAUUACAAUAACAGGCGGAGUCGGUCUGGAACUUACAGCUCAAGAUCAAGAAGCAGGUCCCGCAGUCACAGUGAAAGCCCUCGAAGACAUCAUAAUCAUGGGUCACCUCACCUUAAGGCCAAGCAUGCCAGAGAUGAUUUAAAAAGUUCAAAUAGACAUGGUCAUAAAAGGAAAAAAUCUCGUUCUCGAUCUCAGAGCAAGUCUCGGGAUCACUCCGAUGCUGCCAAGAAGCACAGACAUGAAAGGGGACAUCAUAGGGACAGGCGUGAAAGAUCUCGUUCCUUUGAGAGGUCCCAUAAAGGCAAGCACCAUGGUGGCAGUCGCUCAGGACAUGGCAGGCACAGGCGCUGACUUUUUCCUUCGAGCCAGCAUUAAGUCUUGGUUUUGCCCAUCUACGGUGUGGUGUGUGGACUCAUAAUCAAUCAAAACAUUAAAAGCAGACUGAUUAGGAUUUGAUUUAUUAAAACCCUCUAGGUCUCUAGAAACACUGAGGACAUUUUUAUUUUGAAAAGAACUAUGUUAAAUUUUUGCACAUUAAAAUGCCCUAGCAGUAUCUAAUUGGAAACCAUGGUCAGGUUCAGUUGUACUUAUAGUUGUGUAUUGUUUAUUGCUAUAAGAACUGGAGCGUAAAUUCUGUAAAAAUGUAUCUUAUUUUUAUACAGAUAAAAUUGCAGACACUGUUCUAUUUAAGUGUUUAUUUGUUUAAAUGAUGGUGAAUACUUUCUUAAAACACUGGGUUUGUCUGCAUGUGUAAAGAUUUUUACAAGGAAAUAAAAUACAAAUCUUGUUUGUU